CCUAAAGAAUUCCAAAAAAAUUUUUUUAAAUACAGGUUUUUGUCAAUUCUGAGUUCAUUUUCAAAUGCAAAGAUUCUGUUUCUGACUUUCUAGAAAAAAAAUUCUGUGUGCAUCUGAAAAUGAACUCAAAAUUUAUGACAUCGAUUUGAUGAAGAUUUCUCUUUGGGGUAUGUAAUAAUUUUAUUGCGUUAUAACUUUCUGUGUAUUGUGUUAUUCAAUUUAUAAUAAUUUACAUAACUUGCAUUAUCUACUUGUAUUAUGUAAAUUAAAUGAAUUAUUUAUAUUUCAAACAUAAGCUUUUAUAUUUUACGCACAAAUCUUGCUUUUAGAAUUACUACAUAUAUUUAUAUAUGUUUGUUAUUUAUUAAUAUUAUAUUUGUAUUUUUCAGAAAAACAAAUAGUGCGCCAGGGACCUGCUGUGCUCCAGCAAAGGCUGGAGCAGAUGGAAAGUAGUAUUCAGGCCGUGCACAUGAUGCUGCAGGAGUUGCAGCAACAGCGGCAGCAACCGCAGCAGCAGAUUGACCGCUUAGAACAAGCGGUCAAUCUGCUGUUACAACGGCAAAUGCCGCAACAGGAGCAACCACAGCAGGAGCAGCCGCUGCAGGAGCAGCCGCUGCAAGAGCAACCGCUGCAGGAGCAACCGCUGCAGGAGCAAUCCCAGCAGCAAUUGCAACAGCAGCAAAAUAAUAUCCGUCGAAACGGACCAGGGCAUGGGCGUUCCCGCGCCCGCUGGUACCGCCAACGCGGAAUCCUCGGCGGCAGAGGCGGGAGAGGCAGAGGCAGGAGAGGAAGGGAUGGACAAAGAAGAGGAAGGGGUGUAGGCGGUACAACGAUUAUAUACAAAUAUUAUAAUACAUAUAAUAAAUAAAAAAAAUAUUUAAAAAAAUGUAAAUGACUGUCCUUUUAUUUUUAUCCCAUUAACAUACUUGGCCAUAACAUUAUCGAAAGAGUGUAUAAAAUAUUUUGUCCGUAAGGACAUCGCUCGAAAGAGUGUGUAGAAUAUUUUGUCCGUAAGGACAUCGCUCGAAAGAGUGUGUAGAAUAUUUUGUCCGUAAGGACAUCGCUCGAAAGAGUGUAUAAAAUAUUUUGUCCGUAAGGACAUCGUUCGACAAGAACGAGCGUGUCAAUGUAAACACGCAAACACACACACACACACACACACAC